AAGAUGUGGCUAAUGCAGUUUCUGCUCCUGGUGGCCUGCUGUUGCUCUGCAUGCCUGGCCACUGUCACGCCCAUGUGGAAUCUUAAUCAAGUGGGCGAUUAUUUUAAUGGAAUUUUCCGCUCAAUUGUUGGACCUUUCCUAGGUCUUGGCAAUGCCACAAGGACUUCAUAGGCAACUCCAUUGACAUCAUGUCCUUAUCCUCAUCAUAAUCAUCAUUAAUCCUUACCGCACUA